AUGGUAUCGGCCACGCCGACGACGGCACCCUCAGGUCGACCCAAGCGAGCAGCGGCAAGCAAGGCGGAGCACGUGUUCCGUUCCCUGGCGCUAACGGGCGCGGUACAGAGCGGCGGGUGCGUGGUGGACUCCGAGCAGCAGGAGCAGGAGCAGCAGCAGCAGCAGCAGGAGCAGCCGAGAGAGUUAAGUAAAGCGCCAGCAGGCGGCGGCGGAGAGGCAUCAACACACCAGGGCGAAGGAGGAGAGGGCACGGAACUAGAGGCUUCGAUAGCCAGGGAAGGAGGGAUCAACGACUACGAGGUCAGGGGGGAAGGCGUCUCUGCAGCUGGCGGCGGCGAAGGCAGCGGGAACCACAGGCAGCAGCAGACGAAAAGGAGCGCGAGCAGCAGGGGGGCAAAGAAGCGGGGCAAGCUCAAGCAAGAGACCGCAGCGGUCCGGCCUCUCAAGUCGGAGCAGACCCGCGCGGGGGCCGCCGCCGCCGGCGGUGGCGGCAGAAGGGGGCAGCCGAGCAUGAAGCCGAGGCCCGUGGCGACCGAGGCGAGCAUCGCCAAGGUGCUGGAUCGGCUGGCCGGGUGGGGCGUCAAGGUCCGCGUACCGGCGCAUCCUACCCUCGAAGAUGUUUGGAGAGGCACCGAUACCGUACUCCGUAAUCUGCCAGACACUUCCGUCCUCACGCUUGAUGCCCUGGUGGGACACUCGAGAUUGCGCCGGUACACGAGGAAGAUGCCCCCGCCGCCUGCCGGCGCGGAGGGCGGUGGUGGCUCCAGCGCCGGCGCGGCCAGCGCCUCCGGCGGUUGUGGAUCGAGCCAUCGCCAGAAGGCCGCCGGCGACCGGGGUGGCUCCUGCAGCACCAGCCCACAGCACCGGGCUACUUCGCCGACACCCAGCAGGCAGGGGUGCAAAGCCUUGCAGCAGCCGCCGAGAGGCGGUGGUGAAGGAGAGGACGUGGGCGGGAGCGAGGGCGGAGCAGAGGAUGAGGCGGCAGCGGCGGCGGGGGAGGGGGGUGCGAAGACGGUGGAAGACGAGCUCGGGCAGUGCGACGAAGAGUUACAACAGGUGGAGUUGGCAGUGGCAUCGACUUUGCAGAGGAUCGCCACAACGGUCGAGGAGUUCCGUUACGACGAGGACUCCCGCGAGGAGGCGAGACGGAUAGCGUUUCGGGAGAAGACGCUCCGAGCGUACGAACCGUUGCAAGAGAGAGAGAGGCAGGCGAAGGCCGAGGUCGCCGCGAGGAUGAGCAAGCAGAACCAGGUGGAACUGAAGCGGAAGAAGGAGGAGGACAUCGCGGUGUGCUACGUCUGCAACAGCGGGGACCACGUCGAGAACAAGGAGGACAUCGUGUUCUGCGAACGGUGCUGCGUCGCCGUGCACAUGUCCUGCUACAACGCCGAGGAGGGGGGAGGGGGUGGCUACGUGGUCUCUAAGGCGCAGAGGCAUUUGGAGGCCGUCAUCGCGGCUGCGGAAUCGGCUUCGUCCGUGAUGCCGGCGAGAGGGGGGCCUGGCGAGAUGACAACGCCGCCGCCGCCGCUCGCGGGGGCCGCUUCUCCGCAUCCACCCGCAGAUGGCAGGAGGACCGGAGGAGGCAAGAAGCAACCAUCCGCGAAGAAGCAAAAGAAGUCCUCGAAACAUCUGCUCCCGGCGCCGCCGCCGGCGGUUGGCCCGCACGGAGAUACGGGAGCGAGGCGAGACGGCGCGGCGGGCGCGGUGGUGGUGGGGCAGUCGACGCCAUCGGGGCUACCGCCGCCCAGCAAGGGCGAACACCGUGUGGGUGAUGGGGCAGAGAGAGACGAAGAUACGGCGAGCGGAGGAGAGAACAGACCAACAGUGGCAGCGGCGGCGGGGGCGGGGGCGUGGAAAGGGUCCCCCGGGGUGGACGCGGUGGCGAGAAAGGAGAUAUGGGCAUCACCGGGGGCGGUGGCCGGGUGGCAGGCGGCGUCAGCACAGGCGGGGGCGGAGGCGACUGGAACGCCGCCUGCGGCGUCGGUGGUGGGAGCGGGGGCGUCACGCGCGCCGGAAGAAAUCGUGGCCGCUGCGGAGGCGUGGUGCGGCGUCGAGGCCUCGAGGCUGAAGCGCGACGCGCAGCAGGCGAAGAAGCGGAGCUGGGACGACUUCGAGAACGGGGGCAACGGCAGCAUCGGGGCUGCGGAAGCGGUGGCGGCGGCGGCGGCGGCGGCGGCGGCGGCGGCUGUUGACAGAGGGGCGGCGGAAGGGGGGCGAAGCUCGACAGCACAGGGCAGUGGCGGCGAAACAUGCAGUAGCAACGGCAACCUCGGUAGUCGCUUCAAGGCCCCGCCGCCGCCACCGAACGGUUGGCAACGCGCGACCGAGACGCCUUCUCCAACGCCGAGCUCUUGCGCCGCCUCGGCUUCAGAUUUGAUGGCUAGGUCUCCGGCUACUUGUUCCCCUCCCGGCGAACAGAGGAUAGCGUCCGCGCCCGCAGCCGGCGGCGGUGUCAUUCCAACGACUACGACAGGCGGCACGGGUGGGGGGGACACGCCGGAGGUGGCUGCGGCAAGGGCGGCGCUGGAGGAGGCCGAGGAGUGUGUUGGGGUGGACCUGCCGUCACUGGACAAGGGCCCGCCCGAUGCGGAGGCGGACUGUAUCCUGUGCCACGUCCCGCGGGGCGCGCUGCUCCGUGCGGAAAGGGGCACGAAGGGGCUCGCGUGGUGCCACUGCCUGUGUGCGUUUUCGAAGGGGCUGCUGAUCGAGGACAGAGUAGUCAAGACACGGGGCCGAAUCAAGGGGGACGGCUCGACGUGCGGCUUCUGCAAGAGGACCGGCGGCGGGAUCAUCGAGUGCUCGGAGAAGGAGUGCAAGGUCACCUUCCACCCCCUGUGCGGCAAGCCAUGGGGGGGCUCCGCAGUUCGCGGCCCCCACCUACACCCGGACCAGUGGACGGCGUGGUGCCCGAAGCACUCUGGGGGAGCGGCGGCUAGGGCGGCGGCGGCGAGAGGGUUAUCGGCGAAGGGUCCGUUCAUGGGGGGCGGCAGCAGCAGCGACGGCCAGGCGAUGGUGAUGCCGGUCAAGGAAGUGUACAAGAUCUCGAAAGCUGCGCAGCAGAAGACGAAGGCGGUGGCAGCGGCGGCGGCGGCGGCAGCGGCGGCGGCAGCGGCAGCGGCAGCGGCAGCGGCAGCGGCAGCGGCAGCGGCGGCGCCGGCUCCCCCGGCGAUACCGGCGAUACCGGCGACCCCGGCACCGCCCAAGGCGGUAGUGCCCCCGACCCCAAGAGCGGGAGGGCCGAGGACAGGACAGGGACGGGCUCCCCCGGCGAUACCGGCGGCCCCGGCACCGCCCAAGGCGGUAGUGCCCCCGACCCCAAGAGCGGGAGGGCCGAGGACAGGACCGGGACGGGCUCCCCCGGCGAUACCGGCGGCCCCGGCACCGCCCAAGGCGGUAGUGCCCCCGACCCCAAGAGCGGGAGGGCCGAGGACAGGACCGGGGCGGGGUGUGUCUUUGUGCGAGGCGGACCCAGAGGUUAAGGCGUUGCGAGCGGAGGUUAAGAAGGCGCACAAUCGUACGAGGGAGGGACUGUGCCCGCCGGGAUGCUGCCACCAGUGCAAGAGAAAGUCUAAGUGGACCGCCCCCUGCUCAACGUGCCCAGAAGUUACGUGCGGGUACUGCAUCAGCCUACACAGGGAGUCCCCACUCGCGGUGUUGGCGUAUGUUACUGCCGAAGACGACGCUCGAAAGAGCGGCAAACCCCCCCCUCGAAACAGCUUCACUUGCUACAAGUGCAGGGGAACCUGCUUCUGCAAGGACUGCGGUGGGCAUGGGGUCCGAGCGGUCUCUCAGGCGGUGGGGAGCGGGGCCGCGGCGGAGACGGGAGCGGUGCCGCCGGCGCCGGCGCCGGCGGCAGCAAGAGAGGGUCCCCAAGCUGUCCGGACGGAACCACCACACACCCCAGCAUUGGUGAAGUCGCCACCGGUACCGCUGGCACCAAGGGCGGCCGACGUCCGGGUGAAGGCGCCGCCGACACCAACAUCGACACCAACGCCGCCGCCGCCGUCGAUUGCUCCGCGAUCGGGUGCCCAACCGAACCCUGCCAAGCGGGCGGCGCCGGCGGUAGGGUCGGCGGCAGCCCCCGGCUCGGAGAAACGACAGCGAAUAAAUCCGCAUGCGAUCAGCAACGGCGACGGUAGGGGACAGCCACAAACCCAGCAGCAGCAGCAGCAGCAGCAGCAGCAACUGUUGAUGCAGCGUCGGCGGUAUCUGCUGCAGCAGCAUCAACAAAAACAACAUCAGCAGCUGCAGCAGCAGCAGCAACAGCUUUCGUCUUUGCCCCCGUACGGCACCCCCAGUUCUGCUUCUUCUUCUUCCUCCUCUUCCGGCACGUUGCGCGGCACGCCCCCGUUGGCUGCUCCGGGCGGUAUAAGCUCUCUCGCGUCGGUGUUGUUAGCCGAGGAGGACGUCGGGUCCCCGUGGUGGGGGGCGGUGGCACCUCCGGCUCGCCCGAUGAGCGGAAUGGCUGGCGGUGGUAGCAACGGCAACCACCACCGCGGGUGGAACGCCCAAAUGGCAUCCCCGCCCGUUCGUAGCGGACCGGCAGGCGCUGGGCCCGGGACCCUGCUCAACGGCGGCGCCGGGGGAACGGCGGCGGCGGCGGCGGCGGCGGCGGCCGGCGGACCUCCCCGCAUGAACGGCGGCGGCUACCUGAACGGCUACGGCAUCAACGGGCUCGGCCCCCGUCACCCUCACCACAACCUCGCGGCGGCGGCGGCGGCGGCAGCAGCAGCAGCCGCCGCCGCAACCGCUGGUGGCGGUGCUGCUGGUGCUCCGGGUGCCAGCCCUUGGCAGAGUCCGGGCCAGGUGCCUCCGUCAUUACCGGUACGCUCGCCCUCGGCGGGGAUGCCGGCGAUCAACGUCUCGAUCUCGAUGAUGUCGCCGUCGCCGUCAGCGCCGCAUUCAUCUUCCAGCGCGGCGCCCGCGCGCAGCGGCUCGACGGCGGUGCCCGUUGUCGGAGGGGCGUCGUCGCCGCUGAGAGCGGCGGAGGCGGCGGCGGCGGCGAUAGUGGCCUCCGGCGGCGUGAGGACGGCGGCCGACGCCGCCCAGAUGGCGGAGCUCUUCCGGCAGCGGGCGAUCGCGGAGCGGCAGGCCGCGCGCAAGCUCACCGAGGACGUACUCGACGCGAAGGCCUUCUCCGAGCGGAAUAACAAAGCCGCGAUGUGGCGGGUCGAGACGGCCACCAGGCUCAAGGACAAGCUUAUCAUGGCGAACGACCUCAUCAGCGGGUACAUCAACAUGAGGAGGGGCGCGGUCGAAGAGGUGAAGGCGGCGAUGGCGGAGGAGACCAGGGCGGUGGCGCGCUUCAAGGAGGCGCAGGCGCAGGCGGCGGCCCUCCUAGAGGAGGCCACUGGGCGCGCGGGGGGUGGCACGAGGGCGGCAACGAAAACGGCGACAGGCUCCCCGUCGUGGAACAACGACAGCAGCAGCAGCACCAGCAGUAACGGCAGCAGCGCCGGCGCCACCACCAGCAGCGCUUCAAGCAGCGGGAACGGGCACGACGUCUCCGCGCCGAUGAGGCGCAGCGAGUCUCCGGCGUCGACUCUGACCGCCGGCCUGGCCGCAGCAAGCGCCGCCGACAAUGCCGCGAGCAGGCAGGGUGCGGGUGCCUCCAACGGCCCACCGUCGUCAUCGUUCAGCUCGUAUUCUUCUACUCUCGCCGGCGCGCAGUCUCCGGUCGGGGUGCUCACCUCGAUGAAAAAGUCAGAGCCCCCGGCAGCAGCAGCAGCAGCAGCAGCAGCAGGCGGCAAUCCUUCCUCCCCCGGCGGCGGUGACGCCAACGCCGCCGCCGCCCCCGUCUCAGCGGCGGCGGUCAGGGCGAAGGCCGUCGCCGACGCGCUGCUGAAGGAGGCCCAGGCCGCGACCGCGGCGUACCACACCAAGGAGCGGGCCAUCGUCGAGAUCGCGACGAGGCAGAAGCGGGCGGAGGCCGGGAGGGCGGAGCUCGUGCGCGAGACCCAGUACGCGUCGGACUCGGCCAGCAAGGCGUCCCAGGCGGCGAUGCACUACGAGCAGGUGGCCCGCGUGAAGCGCGGGGAAGAGAAGGCUGCCCUCGAGCGCGUCUCCCGGGCGGAGUGGGAGUCCAAGAACGCUGCCGACAAGGCGCUGCAGCUGGCGGGGCUCGAGCGCAGGCAGCUCGCGUUUCCAGGCGCAGUGAUGGCGGCGGUUGCCGCGAGGAACGGCAGCGGCGGCGGCGGCGGUGCCGCCGCUGCUGGAGGCGGUAACGGUGUUGUGGCCCGUCGGGGAAGCGCGAACAGUGGUUGCAACGGUGACCGUCAGGGCGGACCCAGCUCCUCCUCGUCGUCUUCCUCCAAGCCGACGACGGGGUCUCAUGAACGACGUUGCUGAGAGAGUGUCGGGGGGAUGCGACCGGUCUGCUCCGCUGUACUUUGUCCCCACGGACGAGCAAGGUUGCGAUGAGUCACGGCGGCCGAAGAGGGCGACGAGAGCGGGGCACGAAGCGCGGGGUGGCGAUGCUCUCUUGCUGUCCAAGUUGCGACGACAAACCCUUUGCUGCGCGUUUUUGCCGCUUUUGGGCGGACUUUUCGCGUGGGUUGCUUGCUUGCGUAGGGAUAAAAGGAUACGUUGCCCUCGGAAGGUCGUCAAUUCUCGUCCUCGUGUCUUGCGUGUCGUCACGCUGCUGUGAUGUUGGUUCUUUCUGUUCCGUCGUGAUUGACGGGCUUGUGUGCGAGAUAUUCCGGCGUUGGCGCGUGCUUGGCUGGCCAUGAUGGCGGGGAGAGACGCUUCUUUGUCGAGAAACCUUCCUUUCCCGCUUCCCCAGGCCCAUGCGGGCGAGGGAACCGAGUCAUCGUCGUCUAUUAGUUGCACACGGCCACGGGCGGGAGGGGGCGAAUAGCAACGUUCCAUGAAUGGAGUUGCACCACCAUUUUUGGCCUUAGUCUUUUGGGGGGUCGGGGAUCGGCCCCGAACGGACGGGGAAGAUGCAGAGCAGACAACGAGUGGGGGACGUAGGAGUCGACAUGAGGUGGGUCGCCAGGUUCGCAUGGGCGCGGGGGAGGGGGGGGGGGNNGGGGGGGGGGGGGGGGGGGGGGGGGGGGGGGGGGGGGGGGGGGGGGGGGGGGGGGGCGUAAAGACGCUGAUAAGACGGUCCCGUUCCGGUCCGGUGUACAAGUGAAGUGGUGUACAGUGUUGUGGGUGGGGGGCUGCGUGUCGGGCUGGGAUGGGAAUUUAGCUUAUUUUUCGUGUGCCUUUUUCUCGACGAGUGAGGAACACACACGCACACAAGUUCGGUGGUCUGCCCCAGGCGAUGGCGGUAAACUUUCGGGAGUCUUGAUCGUGGCGGUUAAUUUUUGUCCCCCCUGCGGUCGGUGUGGGGGGAGAUUUACCGUGGCGACGUUUGUAGGGCAACUUUGUUCGUGCGGUACACCCGCCUCAGGCUUGUUGCUUUUUGUUGGUAGUCGUCGGUCCGUUCCUGGGAACGCUCGGUGCGUGAAUUGUCGGGCGGUGCGUUUCCCAUGGGCUACCGGUGACCUGCCUGCUGCUUUGUACACGUCGCGCAGCAAUCAAUCCAUACCAUGUGUUUGGUGAUGAUGAAUUGAAAGCAUCUCUUCUUUUUCCUGCAUUUUGUUUUUGGUGUUCCGACGAUACAGCAAACCCCUUGUUUGACGUCGUGUUUAAUAUGCAUGGGGAGGGGUGGGGUGGGGAGGGUUCACAUUUUUUCGAUCUCGAGCGAGGUUGCUGCGUUAUCGGGCAGGGGGAGAGAGAAACCGAGGAUUUUUCUACACGUUGCGUCGGACGCCAUGUGUCCGCCUUUGUAGAGCAAUAGUAAAGCGAGGGAGGAGACUGAGGGACCAGCCGUCAUCGUCCUAGAGGACUCAAAACACAAGUGUUUUGCGGUCUCCUGUGUCGGUAGUUGUUUUUUUUUCUCGAUAGACGUACACAGGGAACGGCUUACGCUGGGCUUAGGGCGGCUGUACCAUCAUGUAUGGAGUUUUGUUCAUGCCGCCUGGAGGG